GUAACAUAUAACACACACCACUGCCAGACUCCAUCAGAAUCUUAUUCGAAAUCAUACACCAAUAAAAUCACCAAAUUUCCCAGGAUUCCUCUGGAUUAAACAGGGGUCUUUUGUGCGAAUAUCCAAGGACCAUUUCACCUUUUUGGAUUAUUUUCAUAAGGUGUGACUCCUAAUUGUGUUCUUCCUGAAAUGAACAGUAACAGAACAUUUCCUGACGCUUCACCAUAAACAUAAAUCAUAGCUUUAACAGUUUUCAGUGCUUGUAGACAGAAUCAUUGCCAUCACUUGCCCUGCGUAACAAUCACAGCAUAUUUUAAGAAGCACUGAAGAGUUGACUCGGCCUAGCAUUUAGUCUCUUUAAGCUAACAGAAGUAAGCCAUGUUAAUGCACACAGCAUAAAGACAACCUGACUGAACUGAGAACAGAAGUCCUUACCUUCAUUUAUAAAAACUUCCAUAAUAGGAGAGAGGGAUUUGGGAGUGAAAGAGAGACAGACAUAAGGAGAUCACGCAUCUUCCCAAGUCUACUGCGACACAUCAUAUGCUGUCGUAACCGAUAUAUAGACGAGGCAGUAGCAAAGCACAUCAUUCUGUUAUCUGUUCAGUUUUUUACAUUGAUACACGUCUGUGUUUUAAUUAAAGGAAGUGGGAGUCUGAUAUUCUGUAUAUUCCUUUAUGUACUACAAUAACACAUAGAUAUAUUACAAAAUAUUGAACUAUAGAUUUAAAAUCCACAGGGGGAAAUGCACAUAUACUGACAUACUGUAUAUUGGUAAAUACAUGCGUUUAUCAGAAAAUAGUAUUUUCCAAUAAAUCACAAGAUAUUUCUGUUCCUUAAGGGGAACUAGCGGUAUAUUAGCACAAUGCUACAUUCUACAGAUUUACUGUGUGUGAUGACUGAUUGUUGUCUAGUUUUCCUCUUUUUUAUUAAGACACACAUCAGCUGUGUUUUAACCAGAGUAACAGUUACUUUCACAUUUUCACAUGGAACAAUUCACAUUUGACUUCAUGCAUAAAAUCUUCACACUGUAUUAUUUACUUUCACAGUGGGCAGGAUCAGGUGAGUAUAAACACUUUUCUGUGUUGGUGAUGUGUUGAUGCUCCAUGAAUAAUAUAUUUAUUGUGCAGAUGAAAUAGAUUAGACUGUGCUGUGUGUUCAGAGUGCAAUAGCACAUAGAUAUAUGAGCAUCAUGAGCAUAGUGUAGUGAACACCACAGACUGUGAUCGCUGCAGAACGUCCAUCACGCUGGAGUCUAGUUUGUCAGUAGUGUUAUACAGACACAGAAAUCUGACCUACACACUGAUACUGAGAGCUAAAAAGCUGAAGGUUUUUGUUUGAAUGUGAUUUCAUAGCAGUAACUGAAAGUGAUUGAGACGGGCUAACAUUACUGUAGUGUAUAUAACUACAGAGAGAGAUGUGAGUUAGAGAGUUCACACUGGAUCAUGGAGCAUGAAAGAGAUUAUAACAGAAUAGAAGUAAGUGAUCUGGUGAAUUUGUUUCUUGCAGCAUUAAUACUGAAAGAGCCUGAAGAGGUUUUUUUUUCAAGUCAGCAGAAAGAGGAGAGAAACAAGCCAGUACAGGAUAAAAACAGACUUCUCGAAAACAGCUACAGAACGUUUAGAGCCAAUACUAUAGGAUCAAAUACAGAGAACAUUACAGAAAAUAACUGCAUUUUUAAUCAUCUCAACAAUCUUACUUUGCAUUUUUUCCCUCACAUCCUCCUCUAAAUGAAGACUUCGGGGUUUGUCAGGGAGACAGAAAAUGGACAGAAGAUGAGAGACUGGAAAUGGAGAAAUCUGCUCUACUGACUGAAUAUAAAAUAGAUGAAAAAAUUCUUUAUCGUGAAUUUAAAACAAACAUCAGAAAACUGGAAAAAACUGAAGAAGAGCUAAAAAACACUGAGCUGAAACUGUCUAAAUCACUGGAACAUAAAGAGCAACAGCUAGAGGAGUGUAAAAGAGAAAUAGAGGAUAAAGACACAGAACUGAGAAACAGAGAGAAAAUCAUAGAGAAGAAAGACGCACUACUCAAAGAUAGAAAUGCAAAACUAAAGAAGUCGACUGAAGCACUGCAGGAGAGAGACAGAGCUCUACAGGAGAGAGACAGAGCACUACAGGAGAGAGACAGAGCUCUACAGGAGAGAGACAGAGCUCUACAGGAGAGAGACAGAGCUCUACAGGAGAGAGAGCAACAACUGAAACUGAAAGACACACAGAUAAAGGAGGCACGAACACAAGUGGAGGAAAAGGAGAGAAGACUUGUGGAGAAGGAAAAAGAAUUAAAGGAGAAAAAUGAACAGCUGACGGUUCUAAAAGAACGUUUAGAGACUAAUGAGAAGACUCUUUCUGAGAGAGGUGAAGCGUUAAUGGACACAAAUAAAAAACUUCAAAAUGCCACUGAACAGAUUAAGGAGAAAAUCUCAGAACUGGAGGAUAUGAAGAAACUGCUGAGUGAGAAAGAAACACAGCUGAAGAACACAGAUAAAGAACUGGAAACCAGUACAAAUAAACUGGAGACACUGGGACAGGAGCUGCAGGACAAGGAGAGACAACUACAGGACAAGAUGAUCGUACUGGAACAACAGAAAACUGAGUUAGCAGAAACAAAACAACAUCUUGAAGAGAAAGAGAGGCUUCUAACUGAGAGAGAGACACAGCUAAUGGAAAGAGACAAACAGCUUCAGGAGAAACACAGACUUCUGACAGAAAAUACACAAACACUGCAGAUGAAGGACAAGACACUGGAAGAGAAGGACACGCUGCUCAAACAGAUAAAAACUGAACUGGACAAAACAAAUAAGGAAUUAGAAGACAGUCAGCGACACAUGGAGGAGAAAAACACAGAACUGGAGAAUAUGAAGAAACUGCUGAGUGAGAAAGAAACACAGCUGAAGAACACAGAUAAAGAACUGGAAACCAGUACAAAUAAACUGGAGACACUGGGACAGGAGCUGCAGGACAAGGAGAGACAACUACAGGACAAGAUGAUCGUACUGGAACAACAGAAAACUGAGUUAGCAGAAACAAAACAACAUCUUGAAGAGAAAGAGAGGCUUCUAACUGAGAGAGAGACACAGCUAAUGGAAAGAGACAAACAGCUUCAGGAGAAACACAGACUUCUGACAGAAAAUACACAAACACUGCAGAUGAAGGACAAGACACUGGAAGAGAAGGACACGCUGCUCAAACAGAUAAAAACUGAACUGGACAAAACAAAUAAGGAAUUAGAAGACAGUCAGCGACACAUGGAGGAGAAAAACACAGAACUGGAGAAUAUGAAGAAACUGCUGAGUGAGAAAGAAACACAGCUGAAGAACAUAGAUAAAGAACUGGAAACCAGUACAAAUAAACUGGAGACACUGGGACAGGAGCUGCAGGACAAGGAGAGACAACUACAGGACAAGAUGAUCAUACUGGAACAACAGAAAACUGAGUUAGCAGAAACAAAACAACAUCUUGAAGAGAAAGAGAGGCUUCUAACUGAGAGAGAGACACAGCUAAUGGAAAGAGACAAACAGCUUCAGGAGAAACACAGACUUCUGACAGAAAAUACACAAACACUGCAGAUGAAGGACAAGACACUGGAAGAGAAGGACAAGCUGCUCAGAGAGGUAAAUGAGGAAUUGAGAAAGACAAGUAAGAGAUUAGAAGAGAAUCAGACACAGAUAAAGGACAAAGAGAGACAACUGGAGAACAUGGGGAAGGAACUGGAAACCAGUAAAAAUGAACUAGUAGAAAGAGACAAACAGCUUCAGGAGAAAGACAGACUUCUGACAGAAAAUACACAAACACUGCAGAUGAAGGACAAGACACUGGAAGAGAAGGACACGCUGCUCAAACAGAUAAAAACUGAACUGGACAAAACAAAUAAGGAAUUAGAAGACAGUCAGCGACACAUGGAGGAGAAAAACACAGAACUGGAGAAUAUGAAGAAACUGCUGAGUGAGAAAGAAACACAGCUGAAGAACACAGAUAAAGAACUGGAAACCAGUACAAAUAAACUGGAGACACUGGGACAGGAGCUGCAGGACAAGGAGAGACAACUACAGGACAAGAUGAUCGUACUGGAACAACAGAAAACUGAGUUAGCAGAAACAAAACAAUAUCUUGAAGAGAAAGAGAGGCUUCUAACUGAGAGAGAGACACAGCUAAUGGAAAGAGACAAACAGCUUCAGGAGAAACACAGACUUCUGACAGAAAAUACACAAACACUGCAGAUGAAGGACAAGACACUGGAAGAGAAGGACACGCUGCUCAAACAGAUAAAAACUGAACUGGACAAAACAAAUAAGGAAUUAGAAGACAGUCAGCGACACAUGGAGGAGAAAAACACAGAACUGGAGAAUAUGAAGAAACUGCUGAGUGAGAAAGAAACACAGCUGAAGAACACAGAUAAAGAACUGGAAACCAGUACAAAUAAACUGGAGACACUGGGACAGGAGCUGCAGGACAAGGAGAGACAACUACAGGACAAGAUGAUCGUACUGGAACAACAGAAAACUGAGUUAGCAGAAACAAAACAACAUCUUGAAGAGAAAGAGAGGCUUCUAACUGAGAGAGAGACACAGCUAAUGGAAAGAGACAAACAGCUUCAGGAGAAACACAGACUUCUGACAGAAAAUACACAAACACUGCAGAUGAAGGACAAGACACUGGAAGAGAAGGACACGCUGCUCAAACAGAUAAAAACUGAACUGGACAAAACAAAUAAGGAAUUAGAAGACAGUCAGCGACACAUGGAGGAGAAAAACACAGAACUGGAGAAUAUGAAGAAACUGCUGAGUGAGAAAGAAACACAGCUGAAGAACACAGAUAAAGAACUGGAAACCAGUACAAAUAAACUGGAGACACUGGGACAGGAGCUGCAGGACAAGGAGAGACAACUACAGGACAAGAUGAUCGUACUGGAACAACAGAAAACUGAGUUAGCAGAAACAAAACAACAUCUUGAAGAGAAAGAGAGGCUUCUAACUGAGAGAGAGACACAGCUAAUGGAAAGAGACAAACAGCUUCAGGAGAAACACAGACUUCUGACAGAAAAUACACAAACACUGCAGAUGAAGGACAAGACACUGGAAGAGAAGGACACGCUGCUCAAACAGAUAAAAACUGAACUGGACAAAACAAAUAAGGAAUUAGAAGACAGUCAGCGACACAUGGAGGAGAAAAACACAGAACUGGAGAAUAUGAAGAAACUGCUGAGUGAGAAAGAAACACAGCUGAAGAACACAGAUAAAGAACUGGAAACCAGUACAAAUAAACUGGAGACACUGGGACAGGAGCUGCAGGACAAGGAGAGACAACUACAGGACAAGAUGAUCGUACUGGAACAACAGAAAACUGAGUUAGCAGAAACAAAACAACAUCUUGAAGAGAAAGAGAGGCUUCUAACUGAGAGAGAGACACAGCUAAUGGAAAGAGACAAACAGCUUCAGGAGAAACACAGACUUCUGACAGAAAAUACACAAACACUGCAGAUGAAGGACAAGACACUGGAAGAGAAGGACACGCUGCUCAAACAGAUAAAAACUGAACUGGACAAAACAAAUAAGGAAUUAGAAGACAGUCAGCGACACAUGGAGGAGAAAAACACAGAACUGGAGAAUAUGAAGAAACUGCUGAGUGAGAAAGAAACACAGCUGAAGAACACAGAUAAAGAACUGGAAACCAGUACAAAUAAACUGGAGACACUGGGACAGGAGCUGCAGGACAAGGAGAGACAACUACAGGACAAGAUGAUCGUACUGGAACAACAGAAAACUGAGUUAGCAGAAACAAAACAACAUCUUGAAGAGAAAGAGAGGCUUCUAACUGAGAGAGAGACACAGCUAAUGGAAAGAGACAAACAGCUUCAGGAGAAAGACAGACUUCUGACAGAAAAUACACAAACACUGCAGAUGAAGGACAAGACACUGGAAGAGAAGGACACGCUGCUCAAACAGAUAAAAACUGAACUGGACAAAACAAAUAAGGAAUUAGAAGACAGUCAGCGACACAUGGAGGAGAAAAACACAGAACUGGAGAAUAUGAAGAAACUGCUGAGUGAGAAAGAAACACAGCUGAAGAACACAGAUAAAGAACUGGAAACCAGUACAAAUAAACUGGAGACACUGGGACAGGAGCUGCAGGACAAGGAGAGACAACUACAGGACAAGAUGAUCGUACUGGAACAACAGAAAACUGAGUUAGCAGAAACAAAACAACAUCUUGAAGAGAAAGAGAGGCUUCUAACUGAGAGAGAGACACAGCUAAUGGAAAGAGACAAACAGCUUCAGGAGAAACACAGACUUCUGACAGAAAAUACACAAACACUGCAGAUGAAGGACAAGACACUGGAAGAGAAGAACACGCUGCUCAAACAGAUAAAAACUGAACUGGACAAAACAAAUAAGGAAUUAGAAGACAGUCAGCGACACAUGGAGGAGAAAAACACAGAACUGGAGAAUAUGAAGAAACUGCUGAGUGAGAAAGAAACACAGCUGAAGAACACAGAUAAAGAACUGGAAACCAGUACAAAUAAACUGGAGACACUGGGACAGGAGCUGCAGGACAAGGAGAGACAACUACAGGACAAGAUGAUCGUACUGGAACAACAGAAAACUGAGUUAGCAGAAACAAAACAACAUCUUGAAGAGAAAGAGAGGCUUCUAACUGAGAGAGAGACACAGCUAAUGGAAAGAGACAAACAGCUUCAGGAGAAACACAGACUUCUGACAGAAAAUACACAAACACUGCAGAUGAAGGACAAGACACUGGAAGAGAAGGACACGCUGCUCAAACAGAUAAAAACUGAACUGGACAAAACAAAUAAGGAAUUAGAAGACAGUCAGCGACACAUGGAGGAGAAAAACACAGAACUGGAGAAUAUGAAGAAACUGCUGAGUGAGAAAGAAACACAGCUGAAGAACACAGAUAAAGAACUGGAAACCAGUACAAAUAAACUGGAGACACUGGGACAGGAGCUGCAGGACAAGGAGAGACAACUACAGGACAAGAUGAUCAUACUGGAACAACAGAAAAUUGAGUUAGCAGAAACAAAACAACAUCUUGAAGAGAAAGAGAGGCUUCUAACUGAGAGAGAGACACAGCUAAUGGAAAGAGACAAACAGCUUCAGGAGAAACACAGACUUCUGACAGAAAAUACACAAACACUGCAGAUGAAGGACAAGACACUGGAAGAGAAGGACACGCUGCUCAAACAGAUAAAAACUGAACUGGACAAAACAAAUAAGGAAUUAGAAGACAGUCAGCGACACAUGGAGGAGAAAAACACAGAACUGGAGAAUAUGAAGAAACUGCUGAGUGAGAAAGAAACACAGCUGAAGAACACAGAUAAAGAACUGGAAACCAGUACAAAUAAACUGGAGACACUGGGACAGGAGCUGCAGGACAAGGAGAGACAACUACAGGACAAGAUGAUCGUACUGGAACAACAGAAAACUGAGUUAGCAGAAACAAAACAACAUCUUGAAGAGAAAGAGAGGCUUCUAACUGAGAGAGAGACACAGCUAAUGGAAAGAGACAAACAGCUUCAGGAGAAACACAGACUUCUGACAGAAAAUACACAAACACUGCAGAUGAAGGACAAGACACUGGAAGAGAAGGACACGCUGCUCAAACAGAUAAAAACUGAACUGGACAAAACAAAUAAGGAAUUAGAAGACAGUCAGCGACACAUGGAGGAGAAAAACACAGAACUGGAGAAUAUGAAGAAACUGCUGAGUGAGAAAGAAACACAGCUGAAGAACACAGAUAAAGAACUGGAAACCAGUACAAAUAAACUGGAGACACUGGGACAGGAGCUGCAGGACAAGGAGAGACAACUACAGGACAAGAUGAUCGUACUGGAACAACAGAAAACUGAGUUAGCAGAAACAAAACAACAUCUUGAAGAGAAAGAGAGGCUUCUAACUGAGAGAGAGACACAGCUAAUGGAAAGAGACAAACAGCUUCAGGAGAAACACAGACUUCUGACAGAAAAUACACAAACACUGCAGAUGAAGGACAAGACACUGGAAGAGAAGGACACGCUGCUCAAACAGAUAAAAACUGAACUGGACAAAACAAAUAAGGAAUUAGAAGACAGUCAGCGACACAUGGAGGAGAAAAACACAGAACUGGAGAAUAUGAAGAAACUGCUGAGUGAGAAAGAAACACAGCUGAAGAACACAGAUAAAGAACUGGAAACCAGUACAAAUAAACUGGAGACACUGGGACAGGAGCUGCAGGACAAGGAGAGACAACUACAGGACAAGAUGAUCAUACUGGAACAACAGAAAAUUGAGUUAGCAGAAACAAAACAACAUCUUGAAGAGAAAGAGAGGCUUCUAACUGAGAGAGAGACACAGCUAAUGGAAAGAGACAAACAGCUUCAGGAGAAACACAGACUUCUGACAGAAAAUACACAAACACUGCAGAUGAAGGACAAGACACUGGAAGAGAAGGACACGCUGCUCAAACAGAUAAAAACUGAACUGGACAAAACAAAUAAGGAAUUAGAAGACAGUCAGCGACACAUGGAGGAGAAAAACACAGAACUGGAGAAUAUGAAGAAACUGCUGAGUGAGAAAGAAACACAGCUGAAGAACACAGAUAAAGAACUGGAAACCAGUACAAAUAAACUGGAGACACUGGGACAGGAGCUGCAGGACAAGGAGAGACAACUACAGGACAAGAUGAUCGUACUGGAACAACAGAAAACUGAGUUAGCAGAAACAAAACAACAUCUUGAAGAGAAAGAGAGGCUUCUAAGUGAGAGAGAGACACAGCUAAUGGAAAGAGACAAACAGCUUCAGGAGAAACACAGACUUCUGACAGAAAAUACACAAACACUGCAGAUGAAGGACAAGACACUGGAAGAGAAGGACACGCUGCUCAGAGAGAUAAAUGAGGAAUUGAGAAAGACAAGUAAGAGAUUAGAAGAGAAUCAGACACAGAUAAAGGACAAAGAGAGACAACUGGAGAACAUGGGGAAGGAACUGGAAACCAGUAAAAAUGAACUAGUAGAAAGAGACAAACAGCUUCAGGAGAAACACAGACUUCUGACAGAAAAUACACAAACACUGCAGAUGAAGGACAAGACACUGGAAGAGAAGGAGACACUGCUCAAACAGAUAAAAACUGAACUGGACAAAACAAAUAAGGAAUUAGAAGACAGUCAGCGACACAUGGAGGAGAAAAACACAGAACUGGAGAAUAUGAAGAAACUGCUGAGUGAGAAAGAAACACAGCUGAAGAACACAGAUAAAGAACUGGAAACCAGUACAAAUAAACUGGAGACACCGGGACAGGAGCUGCAGGACAAGGAGAGACAACUACAGGACAAGAUGAUCGUACUGGAACAACAGAAAACUGAGUUAGCAGAAAAAAAACAACAUCUUGAAGAGAAAGAGAGGCUUCUAACUGAGAGAGAGACACAGCUAAUGGAAAGAGACAAACAGCUUCAGGAGAAAGACAGACUUCUAGAGGAGAAACACUGCACAAACACAGAAGAGUUCGAGGUUCGUCAGGGAGACAGAGAAUGGACAGAAGAUGAGAGAGUGGAAAUGGAGAAAUCUGCUCGACUGAUUGUGAGUGGAGCGACUCAGGACUCUGCAGCACCAAUCAGGAGAAGAAACAGUAUGGAGGGAGAGCGUCCAACAUUGGGUGGAGAAUCGUCUAGUCCACAUUCUCCAGUGUCGGUUCCUGUAGCAGAACUGAGGCUGGUGCUGCUGGGGAGGACAGGGUCUGGGAAGACUGCAGCAGGAAACACCAUCCUGGGCAGAGAGGAGAGGAACCAGGCUGAUACAUCUACAGAUACAUCUACAUCCACCCAGCAGAGUGAGAGCACACAGGGGGAGGUGGCUGGGAGGAAGGUGACUGUGGUGGACACUCCUGACUGGUUCUCUCCUGGACUCUCUCUGGAGAAGCUGAGACAGGACGUGGGACACUGUGUCCGUCUGUCUGCUCCAGGACCCCACGCCUUCCUCCUGGUCAUACCUGUAAAGCAGCCUACAGGAGAGGAGAGAGGGACGCUGGAGAAAAUGGAGGAGAUGUUUGGAGAGGGAUGUUGGAGAAACACCAUGAUCAUAUUCAGUGUUACUGAUGAGCUUCAGAAGAAGAACAUUGAGGAGUUUAUCCAGGCAGGAAACCAGGAGGUCCUGAGAUUUGUAGAGAAAUGUGGGAACAGGUUUCACUGUCUCAACAUUGAGGAGAGUGGAGAUGGUUCUCAGGUCUCAGAGCUGCUGGAGAAGAUCGAGAAGAUGGUGGAAGGAAGCAGAGAGAAAUUCUACAGCAGUGAGAUCUACCUGGAGACAGAAUCUCAGAUUAGAGCAAUGGAGACAAAGAUCCUGAAGGAAAGAGAAGAGAAAAGGAUCAGAGAGGAGAUGGAACUGAAGGAAAAAAUAAAAAAGGAGGUGCAGGACUCUCUGAGAAAGAUAGAGGGAGUGAUCCAGGAGCAUGAAGGAGACAUCAGACAACUUAAUGACCAAAUAUCUGAACUGGAGAGAAAGAUGAAAGAAGAGAAGCAUGAGGAGAAAAAGAGAGAACUUGAGAAGGAGCUGAAACGAGAGGUAGAGCGAAGGACAGAUAUGGAAGGAAAGGUGAAGAAACUGAAAGAAAAGAGAGAGAGGGAGAGGAGAGAGAUGGAGGAGAGGCACCAACAGGAGAUGGAGGAGAUCAGGGAAGUCUAUGAAGGAGAGGUCAGGAUGGAGGCAGAGAGAAACCUCAUGAAGAUCAUCCUGCCUGAACUCCAGAGAAACAUUUUGGCCUCAAAAAUGAAGAUGCAGGAAGAGUUCAACAGACAGAUGGAGGAGAAGAACAGAGAGCUGGAGAGUUUUAAACAGAGACUUUCAGAGCUCACAGAGACUCAGUCUGCUUGAAGAGGUUUAUGAGAAAACUGUGAGAAGCAGCUCAGAACCAGAGAGAGCAGCUCUAACAGGAGAGGCAUCGAAGGGAAUGUCUCGGAGAUAUAAAGACUUUUUAUUAACAUUAUUAAAUGUAAGUACCAGUAAUAAUUAUUAUUAUUAUCACC